CAGAAAUAUGUGGAAGUAAUAGCAGUGUCGUUUUCUGCGUUAAUGUGUGUCAUAUUUUUUCUUAUAGGAUGUUUUCCGCGAAAACUGGACUUAAUUGCACCCCACCAGCCAUAGAUGACUUUCCUUCCGACCUACUUUCGGAGGAUCAGAGACGUGAAGGUGCCAUCCUAAUUCAUAUCAUAGUAUCAUUAUACCUUUUCGUAGCCUUAGCUGUAGUCUGUGAUAAUUAUUUUGUACCAGCCGUAGAGAAAAUUUGUAAUGCACUCAACAUGUCAGCGGACGUGGCUGGUGCCACUUUUAUGGCGGCAGCCACUUCAGCACCAGAACUAUUCGUUAAUGUUAUCGGAACCUUUAUCACUGAAGGUGACAUAGGAGUAGGAACGAUAGUAGGUUCAGCAGUGUUUAAUAUUUUGGCAGUAGCAGCAUGUUGUGGAGUCAGUGCCGGAAUGUGCGGAGUCAAAGUAAUUCCAUUGGACUGGUGGCCGUUAACGAGAGAUUGUUUGGCUUACGGGAUUACCGUGUCCAUUUUAAUUUGUAUAAUUCACGAUGAAAGAAUAGAAUGGUACGAAGCUCUAAUUUUGGUACUUCUCUACAUUAUCUAUAUACUGAUUAUGUACUUUGACAAAUCGAUACAAAAAUGUGCCAGAGGCGCUUUAAGGCAAGUAAGGAGAUAUUCCAAAGAGACCCGAAAAUCUUCCAAAUCUGCCAAUAAUGCAAACGAAAAUGAUGCUUAUGUAACAUCCACGGAUGAAAACAACAUUUCAUUGGAUACGACGUCAAUCGCGAAAAAUGCACAGGAUAACGAUAACAACGUCCAUGUAGGCCAGGCGCAUUUGAACGGAUCUGUGAAAGGAGAUUGCCAGAAUCGUAUUGAAAUUAGAGAAGAAUUACCAAAAUUGGAGUUAAGUAGUAGAGAUCCGGACGAUGAAUUACCGUUUUGGAAAUGGCCAAGUGGAAAAGGAGGAUGCAGACAGGUCACAUGGAUUAUCACGUGGCCAAUUCGUCUAGUAUUCUUCCUGACAAUUCCAGAUUGUGAAAAACCAAAACUGAAGAAAUGGUUUCCAAUCACGUUUUUGAUGUGCAUUGUUUGGAUCGGAUCGCUGUCUUACAUAGUGGCUUGGAUGAUUACAAUCAUAGGUGAUACACUGAGAAUUCCCGAUUCCGUGAUGGGUAUAACGUUUUUGGCAGCUGGAACGAGUGUUCCAGAAGCAGUUUCCAGUGUGAUUGUAACAAGACAAGGUCACGGUUCUAUGGGAAUCAGCAACUCGAUUGGAUCGAAUACUUUCGACAUUUUACUAUGCUUGGGUUUACCUUGGUUUAUUAAAGCCACGUUUAUGCCAACUAUUGCAGGAAAGCAUUGGGUCGGCAUAAACUCAGCUGGAAUCGAAUACAGCGCCAUCUCCUUACUAUCGUCCCUAUUGAUGUUAUACAUAGCAUUCGCCCUCAACAAAUUCAGGCUGGACAAAAGGGUAGGCAUGAUAUGUCUGCUGAUGUACGGAGUAUUUCUCACGUUGGCGAGCUUGAUAGAACUUAAUGCAUUCUUCAGGGUGAAUCUGCCAACUUGUGGACGGUGAAAAAUCAAAUUAACAUUAAUAUAUUGUGAGUGUAUCAAGUGUAAGCAAGAGUCAUAAACAUUUUCAGUGAUUGCUGUCGUGAUCAUGGAAAGUAGUACACAGUACACUUUUCACAAAAAGGGUAAGAUAAAUGUACCUGGUACCUCCAGUUAUACAAGUUCAGCUUCUCCUUUUUUUAUACGACAGUACAAUAAUGGUAGCAUUUAACAAUUGAUCCAAAUUUCAUUCAUAUUUCGAAAGCUGUUAUAGAGAAAUAAUGGUUUUGAAACCAAGUUAUUUUAGAGUUAAACUAAAAUUUCAAGACCUCAAAGAGAGCGUCAAAUACAUGUAUUUUAAUUUUAAACCAUUUCUUAUUUUAAAUGAUUCUCAUAGGUUACAUGUUACAUUAUCUAAUAUUAUUCAGUAUUUUGAGAAUAUAUAUUAUUUUAUUAUAAAACCCGCCAAAAAUUGAUAUUCUAGGCUAACAAUUAGAUUUUUAAAAAUCCCAAAAUAAUAAUAAAUAAGCGUUUGCGUAUAGAGGCUCUAUCGCACACAUUAAAGAUAUAGUUACGACGUUAUCUAUCAAAAUUAUUUUCAAAGCGUUUAUCAAUGAAUUAAAUUGAAUGACGUUUUCUAAUUCAUUGAGCAUCUUCUCCCAUAAAAAUUAAUGAAAUAGGUUAAUAUUGUAAUAAAUAAGUACCUCUUAUAACUACUAAGAUUUGUAAAUAUUAUAAUUAACAAAACGGUAUUAUUUUUGAGAUAAUUUAUUUUACUCACUUAUAUCAAUAUUAUGCCUAGAUUUGUAGUGUAAGUAAUAUUAUUUUUUAUUAAAACUGUACAACAAAAUUUAGUAAAAACCUUCAAAAAAUCA